AUUACCCAUCAUCCUCAGCGCGCCAAGAUGGCGGCCUCCGUACUGGCACAGCCGGUGUCCGGUGUGUGUGUCCGGGGCCCGGGGCUCCGCUGUAUCAGUGUGUCCGCCCGGUGUAGUAAAAAGCAGACGGUACAGCCCCGAGUGAGGCAGGACCCCCCGGAAAUCCCGGGCCUGGAACGAAUCACAUUCGCCGACCGCGGAUACUUCUUACCUUGGCUGGCCCGGCCCAGCUUCCCGCGAUGGAGGCCGGACUGGAACAACCCGCACUACUACCGGUCCCCGGCCCCCCAGGACAUGCCGCUCUACAAGGAGGACGAGGCCUACGUCUUCAACCCCAAAUGCCGCCUGCUGGGAGGGGUGAAGCAGGCGCUUUGGCUGACCAAAUCCAGUUUGAUUGAGGGGCUACCACAGAGUAUACGGAGUAUAUAUGAAGAUCCGGCACACACAUUCCCCAACCAUGAGGAGCUGGUACACAAUACAGUUGCCAACGCCUGUCUAUGGAGCACCACCGAGGACCAGAGACCGAGGGAGGAAUACUGUCCUAAGCUCCUGCAAGGUCUCCUUCACAUGUGCCGCAUGCAGAGCUGCUCCUAUCCCGAGCUCUCCCAGAGGAGCUUCAUAGAAAAUUAUCAAUUGGCAGCGUCCUGGAGAAGAGAAUCCGUUCUUUAUCUUGUGCGAGGGAUUAAUGGUUUAGUGAUGAGUGCGAAAACGGCUCUAGAACCCCAGGCAUCGCCCAGCGACAUCCAGGUCACCCAACAGCAAGGACUGGGCUCCCUGUACCCGCUGUCCCCCGCCAUUGACCUUCAGCAGGUGAACGUGUAUGAGGAAAAGAAUCAUCUAGGAUUUAAAGAUGGCUUCCCGUUCAGACACCCUCAUACUAUAUACCUUAUGGAUCCUUGCAGCACCAGAGCAAGAUUCCUGCCAGACCAACUCCGCGCCAGAAUGAUAAUGACUGCUUUUGGGAGUGCGGUGGCCAAAGCUAAGACGCUGUACGGGGAGGAUGUGAAGAAUUUGGAGAAGCCGGUUGUGGUACAGAGCGUGGCUACAGAUGGGCAGCUGUUCCACUUCAUGGUUCUGCAACUGAACACACUGGAUUUAGAGUCCAGCGAUGGCAUGAAAAAUAUUGUCUGGAUGGAUGGAGACCAGGCCUUGUAUGAUACCGUUGCAGGCCGAGCGAAGAUCAGAAGGAAAGUGGUGGUGGUACCCGCCGGAGUCUCCGGACUCCAUGCAGAAACAUUUCUGAAGUUUUGGUCAAUGUACCUGCACGGGGCAGUCUAGAUAAGCAGGGAGAUAGAUGUCUGUACAUACAGCUUAUGGAUUAAACAUUUGAUAUUUAUGU